AUGAACUGCAAAACAAAGGAAUCUCUUGGUAUUUUGACUGGUAAUUGUACAGAAGUGAAUUGGAAGAAAAGUCUUGAAGGAAAGCAAGAGGAGACUUGGCACAAAGCAGACAAUGGUCAUCUCAUCCAACGCUCCACAUUUCUUCACCUUGCCAACUGCUUGCGCUUCCAUCAGCAGCGGCAAUUACUCGGAAAUUUCAUCACCCUCGGAGUCGAAAUUGCCAUUCGUAAACUCCAAGACCUUGUGGUCACUGGAAACUCGGCUCUAGCAGGAGAACGAUCAGAGCAGGCCGUUCGCUUUGUCCUUGCCAUUCUAGCAAUUGUUGCCCCUUCAAUUUUGGCCACAGAUUUUAUCGUUGGCGAUGACAAAGGUUGGACCAUUAAUGUUGAUUACCGAGCCUGGGCUCAGGGAAAGCUCUUCGUUAUCGGUGACAACCACGUUUUUAACUACCCAGAAGGAGUUCACAAUGUUCUCAAAGUGAAUGGAACUGGGUUCCAAGAAUGUGCAGCUCCUGCAGGCACUGUGGUAUUAACAAGUGGAAAGGAUGUGAUAAACCUAGCAACCACAGGAAGAAAAUGGUACAUUUGUGGUGUUUCUAAGCACCGUCAAGUUGGACCCCAGAAGCUGUUCAUAACUGUGAUGCCAGCUUCCUUUGCUCCUAGGUCCUAG